AUGUCUUCAGAAAGAGGCGGAGCCGCCGGUGAGGGGCAACGGGAAUUGCACGUUCUCGCCGUCGAUGACAGCUCCGUCGACCGCGCCCUCGUCGCUCACCUUCUGCGUAGCUCUAAAUUCCGUGUGACUACGGUGGAUAGCGGGAAGCGUGCGCUGGAUCUGCUGGGAAUGGAGAGGAAUGUGAGCAUGAUAAUUACGGACUACUGGAUGCCGGAGAUGACCGGACUGGAGCUGCUGAGAAAGAUUAAGGGUUCGUCGGAGUUAAAGGCGAUUCCGGUGGUGAUUAUGUCGUCCGAAAACGUCCCCAACCGUAUACGCACGUGUUUGGAUGAGGGCGCUGAGGAUUUUCUUCUGAAGCCGCUGCAGCCGUCGGAUGUGUCACGGUUAUGCAGCCGCGUGCUGAGAUGA